AUGUUGCGUUUGGGGUUUAUGCCUAGAUGGGUCCCUAGAAGUGGGCUUUUUGCCUUGUCAGACACAAUCGGUGCACAUAAGAGAUUCUAUGCUCUGGCUUCUGAGCAAUUGUCAAGAAAGACGGUGAAACCGCUAGAAUCGAGGAAAACGUUUCUCAUAGACACAUACAAAUACCUGAUGGAGAAGAGCUCCGUAGUUCUAUUUGUCCAUUACAACAAUCUUUCUAAGACGGAAGAUCACUAUUUCAGGUUUAGAAUUAAGCAAACGGGGGGGAAACUUACAAAAGUGAGGAACAAUCUGUUUGAGGUUUAUUUGAGAAACUCGCAUCUGCCCGAUCCAUGUGGUCCCGCAAAGCGCAAAGAGCAAAACCGAAAGCAUCCGCUCUUGCCCCUACUGAAGGGUCCCACGGCUACCAUUACGUUCGAAGAUACGAACCCUCAACAAGUGGCGAAACUGCUGAAGCUCUUGCAAUCAGCACAGGACAAGCUGUUGGUGAUCGGCGCCAAAGUGGAAAACCAAGUUUUGGAUGUGGAAAAACUGAACGAUUUCAAGACUCUCCCUACAAAGACGGAACUACAAUCCCAGAUGGUUGGGGUAUUGCAAAUGCUCAGCGGUCUCGGUUUAGUUCGUACGCUGGAAAGCGGGUCGAAUGCGCUCUACCUGACAUUGCAAUCGCACCAUGAUAACCAAAAGCCUAAGGAGGAUGCAGAUUCAAGUGCGGACUCCAAGCCAGAAGAACCAAAAUAG